GUAAUAAUCAUGAAGAUGGAUGGUGCUGGUACUUUGUACAAUCUCAUAUUUGGUUCUGACUUUGUAAAUUCUGGUGACGAUGAAGUGCGUGGGCAUCAGAGAGCUCCGUCGGGUUCGCGCGAAUUCAAAGAGGUGAUGAAGCGAGAUGCGCUGAUUCGCCUGCAGGGCGAACUGGACCAGAUCGUGAGUUCGGCGCCGGACGCAGCCCGCGAAGUCGUCAGCAAGCAGAUGAAUGGCUUCUCGCGGCUCUUCGACCGCUUCCUGCGUGAGACCGGGCCCUCCGUCUACUGGGACCAGAUCCAGAAGCUGCCCGAAGGAGCUGUGCGCAACUAUGGAACCCUCCCAGAGCCGACGACCGAGCACAUCCACGAAAUGCUGGACAAGCUGAUAGUGGUGAAGCUGAAUGGAGGUCUGGGCACUUCGAUGGGCUGCCAUGGUCCCAAGUCGGUCAUCCCAGUGCGCAGCGACCUCACCUUCCUCGAUCUCACUGUACAGCAGCUCGAACACCUGAAUAAAACUUACAAAGCGAAUGUGCCGCUAGUGCUGAUGAACUCGUUCAACACCGACGAGGACACUCAGAAAAUCAUCCGCAAAUACAAAGGACUUCAAGUGGAAAUCUACACUUUCAACCAGAGCUGCUUCCCUCGUGUCGCCAAGGAAACUCUUCUACCAGUCUCUCACACCUUCAACAUCGAUUCAAAAUUAGAAGCGUGGUACCCUCCUGGGCACGGUGACUUCUACGACAGCUUCCAUUGUUCCGGUCUCCUUGAAAAAUUCAUUCAACAGGGAAGAGAAUACUGCUUCAUCUCCAACAUCGACAACCUGGGAGCCACAGUUGACCUCAAUAUUCUCAACCUCUUGUUGGACGAAAAAAGCAAACAACCAGAGUUCGUUAUGGAAGUUACUGACAAAACAAAGGCUGACGUUAAGGUGUGUCUUAUUAUCCAGUCUUAUUCUGAAUAAAUUCUAGACUUGUAAAAUGUUUUGCCUUCUCCAAUGUGUUGGUAUGAUAAAUAUAAGCAGUACUAGUGAAUAGAGCAGUUUAAGUUUAUGUUGUUUGCAGCAAUCCAGAGAGUAAUUGACCAAGGCUCAUUAAAUAUGGAAGUCAUUGUGAAUCACAAAAGUCUUGAAAACAAUUUGAAUGUCAUCCAGCUGGAAACAGCGGUUGGAGCAGCUAUGAAAUGCUUCAAUAAUGGUUUUGGUAUCAAUGUUCCUCGAAGUAGAUUUUUGCCAGUGAAGAAGACAUCCGAUUUGAUGCUUGUCAUGAGCAACCUGUACAGUCUGAAAAGUGGCUCAUUGAUAAUGAGUCCUCAACGUAUGUUCCCCACCACUCCUCACGUCAAGCUGGGAGAUAACCAUUUCUCAAAGGUUCGAGACUUCCUCUCAAGGUUUGCCAACAUCCCAGACAUUUUAGAACUGGACCAUUUGACUGUAUCCGGCGAUGUAACCUUUGGAAAGAAUGUCUCGUUGAGGGGAACUGUGAUAAUAAUCGCCAAUCAUGGUGACAGAAUAGAUAUUCCAUCAGGAGCAAUUUUAGAAAACAAAAUAGUCUCUGGAAAUCUUCGAAUUUUGGAUCACUGAAAUUUGUCAGUGCUUUAAGAAAUAUUUUAUUUAUAAAGUCAUUGUGUGUGGCACAAAGUGUUAGUCAUUUUAAUUGUUAUAAAAAGUAUAUAAUUGUUAUUAAAAAUUAUGUUAACUAAAAUGUCUAGAUAAGUCAUCAAUAAUCUGUACUUGUUUGCUUGUGUAUAGGUAUGUGCCUCUUUUAGUAAAUGUUAAUGCUUUCAUAUAAAA